UAAAUUCCGUUGCAUGAACUGGAUUAGGUGCCAGUAGCUAGUCUAGCUAAUGGGUAGUUCUUCAACAGCAAACUCAUGGGAUCAGAGAAUAGAGAGCUUGAAAUCUCGGGAGAGACAACCCAGAAUUGAGCCUCCGUCAUCAGUGAAGAAAGAUUUCAAAGCAUCAAACCUUAUGACAACAGAGUUAUACAUGGCUAUUCGAAGUGAUAUGCCUAAUAACUUCGUUGCAGAGUUAGAGGGACUAUGUGGGAGGGAGGGAUCAGUUCAUGUGUCAGACAUUGCGGAGCAACUCACCCGUGGAGGAAAUACUAUGCUUCAUCUUGCAGCUAAAAAUGGAAGCGUAGAUGUUUUGCAGCUAAUAGUUAAUCACUUCCCUCAACUAAUCAUAAGGACGAACAUCACAGGAGAUACGGCUCUUCAUUUUGCCGCUAGAAUUGAGAAGGUUAUUGAAUUAACCAGGAUAAUUCUCAACUCUUAUGCAGCUCAAUUUCACAACAAUGAAGAGAAAAACCUGUUGAGGAUAAAGAAUGAGUUUGGAAACACGGCAUUGCAUGAGGCUGUGAGGACACAUGAUCUUGAGAUUGCUCGUCUCAUAUUUGAAGCAGAUAAAGAUGUAGCCAAUUAUCUGAAUAACGAAGGUAAAUCGCCAUUGUACUUGGCUGUUGAGACUAAACAGGAUGGUACUAUUGAUCUCUUACUGGAAGCUGCGUUACAGAAUCAGGAGAGCCACCACGGAACCUCCCCACUCCAUGCUGCUAUCAUGGUUAUGUGUUCAGGUCGAAAAAGAAAACAUCGAUUUAAACCUUUGCUGCAGCGUUUGGAGACGGACAAGUCCUCAAAUUUCGAGUCAUCGCCAUCAAGAGCUUAUGAUUUCAGUGGAAGUUAUACCAGUUUUCUUAAGCUUAACCUGGCUGCAAGAACCACACUCACUUCUCAACCUAAGGUCCAAGGUACGGGGGCACAACCCAACGCUUCAACAACGAGAACAAAAACAAAAGGCUGGGGUAUGAAUAAUCACUCUCCUUUCAGUGAAAGUUAUAUCAGUUUCAUAAAUUUUCCCAUCCAACAAGCAAAUCUUGGAACGUGCUCUUUGUUUGAACUUAUGCUUAGAAAAUUGGUCGAAUAA